AGUUUUCGUAGCGCUAACUGGACUACAGCCUAUGAUGGGUGUCGCGUAACUUCAAAAUGAAUUGGCUUUAUAGGUUAUGUAUCCCAUCUAUGGAACCUAACCUAUUUCAAUUUAAACAUUGCGUGUAGCGUGAUUGUAAUGUUGAAAUUUCUGUACGAUGAAUUAUUAUAGUUUAAAUCACUGCUAAGGUUUGACAUGAAUUCCCAACAAGUGGUUCAGCUUUCUCACAGACUCAGGGGAGCUUUUAGUAGAUUGUUUACGUCUAGAUUUAAUGAAAUCAGCAAUAAAAUCAGCAACUAUGAAAUGCCCGAGAGAAUCAAGGGAACUGUUCUCGAACGUUGGGCAAAAUACUGGCACAGUCUAUACGUAGAUUAUAAGGAUGUCGCAAUCGACGUUGCCAAAGAUUGUAGAGAACGUCCUAUACGUGCCGCGAUGUAUGCUACAAUUCUAGGAGGUUGCUUUUACUCUAGUCGACAUAAUCCAGAUGAAACUAUGUUUAGGGAGCAAUUGCUACAGAGUAGUACAAAGUUAAUACAAGUAGGAGAACUCGUACGCAACCCCGUCUCGGUACAGCACAUAAAAUGGUUGGAACAAUGCUAUAAUGAGGGAAUCGUCAGGAGACUAAAUCUGGGUAUUUUGUCUCUCAUUUGGCUAGACAAUUAUGACAAAGAUUGCUCAGUGUACAGGGCCGUCUGCCCUUAUCUAAAACCACGAUAUGUAACCUUUCACGAAAGGAUAGUGGAUAUAGGUUUUCUAGAUAACUGGUGGUUGCUAGAAAUGAAGAUGAAAGACUACGAUGUAAAUGAGGUCGAAUUCAGUGCUGCUGAAGCUGCAGACAGUCCUGCUUCAGCAGUAUAACAAAUUGUAGAUAGAAUUUUUGUAUUAUUUAAAAUUAUGUAAAGGAGAAAAUAUAUAGAAAUGAGUAUA